CUCAAUUGUAAUCAAUAAUAGUUUCUUGGUACAAUGGCAAAACAUUGUCAUUGAUUGUAAGCUACUAAUUAUGUAUAUAUAACAAGAAUGUAUAGCUAUAAUUAUUAAUAUAAAUACUAAAUCAAAAUGAAAUAAUUUAGCUAGUAACAAAUAUACUUCGUUUGUGAUAGGUAGUUUCUAUUUGUUUGAUUGUGACAGAACAAUGUCCAGUUCAACUAAAAAAAUUGAACAAAUGCAACAACAUGCAAUUGAAUUAUCAUUAGAAGCUAUGAAUUUAUUCUCAUCUCAUGAUGAUAUAGCUGAUUAUAUUGCGAAAACAUUCAAAGAGACAUAUUCAGGUUGUUGGGAAUGUAAAGUUGGAACAACAUUUGGAAGAAUACGGGGUGAUCAAAUAUUGGCUUAUCGUAUACUGAACGAUAACCUUGGUAUCAACAAGUCUUAUCUUUUACUUCCGUCUAAUCAUUUGAGAGGACAUUCGAAGAAAGUUCAAAAACCGAGAUCAAAUCGUUUACGUCUAGAGUUUCGUUUCUCGCACCGAGUAGUGAAUUACUGGAAUUCUCUACCAAAGCACGUAAUAUCAGCACCUUCUGUUGAUAUAUUCAAAACGAGAUUUUACCUCGACAUCAUUACAAACACCAAGGAUCAAUAUAAGUCGAAAGACCUCCCAUCCUUAUCACUGAAGACUGAACUGUGGAUUGGAGAAUACUGGUCGGCGGUUUAUGCUUCAUUGGGAGUAACAGGCGUAAGUAAAGCCAUUGUAAAAACUAGUAAUCUACCAGCUAAUAUGCAAGAUGAUGCAGUUAGACAAUGUUUAAAAGCAAUGUUAACAUGUCAACAUGAUAAAGAUAUAGCUGCUUAUUUACGAAAUCAAUUCAAUCAAAAAUAUGGACGUACAUGGCAUUGUAUUGUUGGAGGCAGCUUCGGAAGCUGGAAGCUGGUUUGUUCUCUCCCACAAAAGGCUGUUGCUGAUGGUAUCCGGCCAAUGGAUGUUGAGUAUCUUGAGUAG